GCAUGGCAACACACUCCAGUGUUCUUGCCUGGGAGAUCCCAUGGACCAAGGAGCCUGGUGGGCACAGUCCAUGCGAUCACAGAGUCAGGCAUGACUGAGCGACUAACACUUCCUGAAAUAGCAAGAUUCCUCCCUAUGAAAUUACUUAGACCAUAAAACCCUAUGGCCCCAUGCCCUGAGGUUGCUCUCACUGAGCCGACUGCAUGCUACCUAUGGAAUGUGUAUCUCUCUAAAUAAAUUUGCUUUCCCUUUACUGUGGCUUGCUCUUGAAUUCUCUCUUGCACUAAGCCAAGAACCCUCACUUGGCAGUCCAUCCUAAGGAUUCCUGCAGACUCCAGGACGUGGUGAUAUUUCCCUCUCCUGCAGCUCCAUAACUAAGCUUACAUUUGUAGCCAAGGUUAAAAUGCAAGGAAAGAAAAAAAGUCACAGAGGUUUAGAACUCUAAGAGUCUUUCAAGUUCUUCUCAUCUGAUUUUUACUUUUACAGAUGAGGGCAACAUGCUUCUGGUUAGAACUAAUUAAAUGGAGAUGGCACCAGAGUGUUGGCUUUAGGAACGAGAAUUCAGUGGCUGUUUCAGCACCUCACUUCCCCUCACAAGGAACAGCAAAGCAAAUGUUCAGGAAAGAGAAGUUAUAUUUAUUACUCUUGGAAACAACCUCAUAAGCACUUCCAACAAUGACAAAACAUUAAAACUCAUCAACGAAGACCAACUUGUAAUAAGGGUAAGGGAGAUGUGUCAGAGAACAGGAAACAAGUUCUUCCUUUUUAUCCUCAUACAUGUUAAAUAUUAUUCAUAGAAUCACAAAAAUCUCUGGUUUACCCUCACAGAAUCCUGGAACUGGAAGGGGGUUUUAGAAAGCAAGUGGUACAAAUACUCUCACAGUAGAGGCAAGAAAAUCGAGUCUUCUAGACUAUGACCUACCCCAGGGCACAGAGUCCGAAGCAGAACUCGGCCAUUUCAAAGCCCAGAUCAGUGCUUUCAUCGUGGUUUCAUGCUGAGGAUUCUUUUAGGAGACAGAGAAUAAAGCAGGUGGGAUCUUUCUGAAAUUUUGGCUCAGGAGCUUGAGGGUAGAGAUUUAAGCUUUAAUAGGUCAUCCAGGUUUAAACUUAUGGGAUAUUAAAGCAAACUCACUUAAACAGCUCCUCCAACCUAACUCCAGAAAGGCUAUCUUGGCAGCCCUGGAGCAACAGCAAUUAAACUUCAACCAAGGAACUGGAAAGAACAAACACUAAAUGUAAACACCACCUGUCAAGUUCUUGGUAAAUAUUUUCCUUUUCCCUCUACUGAGCUUGCUCGUUUUUGAAAAGGAGAGGACAUACCAGUUCCAAUUUGACUUGUCAUAGGCCCCUAACUCACUGUGGGGUUCGUGACAACUCCUUAAACACAAGGCUACCUGAGCCAGUGCCAUUUAUUUGGGUACUGACCACAACUGCCCCUUCACCUGGCAGAUCUAAAUGAUUGUUUUCACUGUGUGUCUUGCAGGCCACUGAAGGUGGGUAGGAUAAAACUACCUGUUUUAACUUGAACAUGUGUAUAACUUUGCGCUAUGUAGUGUUUGCCAAGUGUGCCCUGUACCCUGGAAAAUAUUCUCUGAACUGCCAAUCAUUAGCAAAACUAGUGGACCAUUUCUAAAGCAACUGACUCCCUACACUCCGCUCCCCUAUUCACGUGUAGCGCGAAUUUUUACCGAGAGAGGCAACACAGACGGCGCCAGCACCGUCAAUACUUCUGAGGCUUUUCUCUCCGUGCCCCAGAGACAGAACACCGGGGAACCGCGGGGUGCAGGGAGCGCGGGAGGCGCAGGGUGUCGCCGAAUAUAGCCUGGGUACAUCGCAGCUUUAAAUAAGGUCGUGGAGCCCGAGGCCCCAUUCCAUCCUUCGAUGGGAUUUAUCGCCUCUUUCCGGGCCUUCACCUCCGAGAGGAAGAAGAUGCGAGCCAGCCCCAUCCGCAUCCCAACUGUCACCAGUGACACCGACUGGGACUUCUGCUUCCAUCUGUCCCAGCAAACCAAGAUCCCAGAACAUCAGCGAACAGAUGAGUCGUCUCCCACUAGUGGAUCUGAAGAGAGUGAGGAAGACACCAAAGCCAAGGAAAAGGUCAUAGACCAUAUGUCUCAUCCCAGAGAGAAACUGGCCCAAUCCCAGAAGAAAAUAGCUCAGCUGAUUAAGGGGAAAAAGAACAUUGAAGCAAAUAAGGAGCUGAUUCGCUGUGUCAUCCUUUCUCGGAUUAUUUUUGGGGAAGAACACUGGAAAUGUGCACAGGCUUUGGCCACCCUGGCUUAUGGCUACCUGACACUGAGAGGCCUUCCAGCUCAGGCCAAGAAACAUGCCGAGUCCGCCAAGAAUGUCCUGCUGACCUGGAAGGGAACCACAACCUCAGACAAGGAGGAAAAGCAAAUUCUGGAGACUCUGGUCAUGCUCUACUACACUCUGGGAGUGGUCUGCCUCCUGCAGAACCAUGGCAGAGAGGCGUAUUUCAACCUGCAGAAGUCAGAGAGAAACAUGAAGGAGCUGAGAGAAUCAUAUAAGGGAGGCACUUGUGGAUUACAGGUGUCAGAGAAAGAUCUAACAAUCGCUUUGGGCAGAGCCUCCUUGGCCAACUGCAGGUUAAACCUUGCGCUGGUAUACUUUGAAAAGGCAGUUGACAAUGUUAUUGCCAAUAAGGGUGACGAUACGUCAGAUCUGGUCAGUCUUUACCAGGAAAUUGCUCAGAUCGAGCAGCUGAGGAGGAACCACGAGCAAGCCAUCCAGUACUUGCACCAGGCCCAUUCUAUCUGUGUCUCUUUGUACACUGAAGUCAGCCCCCAAGCUGCAGAGGCGAGCGCAUUACUAGCCAAGGCUUAUGCCAUGUCUGGAGAGGUCCGACACAAGGAUGCUGUUGGGCUGUAUUUUAUGAAAAGCAUCACUGCAUAUCAAACAACACUGGGCCCAGAGGAUUAUGAAACACUGACAACUGUUGAAGAAUUUUGCAAAUGGCUUGUUCAAAAUGGGGAAAAGCAGGAGGCCUAUAGACUGCUAAAGGCUUCAUUGAGAUCUCAGGUCAUCAGCUAUGGUGACUGUAGUGAAAAAGCGGCUGAAACAUUUUAUAACAUGGGCAAGAUCUGCUUUGCCAAAGGAGAGCUCAGAAAGGCGGUUCAACUGCUAAGGAAGUGUCUGAUGAUUCAAAUACUCAUAUAUGGAGAUGAGCACAGUAAAAGCAGAGACACCAAAAACCUCCUGACCCUAAUGCAGAGGGCGAGUAACAGUUCAUCCAGAUGGAGAAGAGAAAACAUCCCGGGAAGAAGGCACUCUCUAUGCAAAAUCACAGAGGCCUGACAGAGGGCAGCGUUUGGAAGGAAUGGUCUUCUGUUAUCAGUAAAGGGAAAACCUCUAUCCAGGAUAGUCAACAAUAAAGCCAACCUGUUGAUAACAAGCAUUCUUGACCACAAAAUAUAUUUACCAACACUGAUAGCAGUGGCAGAUCAAAAACAGAACCAAGGAUUCUGGAAAAAAAAAAAAAAAAAAAAAGGUCCACUUAACAAUGGCAUUACAGGUAAAAUACGUAUGGCCAUUAGAAACUGGGAUCCUGUUACCUGAGAGGAAGGAAUCUUUUUUAGACACAUGCUUUAAGUUAGUUUCUUAUGUCACUGGGACUCCCAUUACCUUCCAUUUCCCCAUUUCUAAUUUCAUUCUUUCCCAUUCUGACUUUUAAAAAAAGUUCUGCAGUGCCUAAGUAGUUUAUGUGUGAGCAUUUUAAUACAGUACUUAUAAAUAUCUUUAGCCAUAACCUGUUUAGGGUCCCUAAAAUUCCUUUGUGAGGAAAUGUUUGACCUUCUGGAACACUGACCUAACCUGGUUUACUGAAGUCAUAUCAUGUUACAGCCAUAAGGCCUUUUUGAUUUUUGUAAAUGAAUAAAACAGGACAAGAGGGGUUGAUUCGUUUGUGGUCAGUCUCCUGACUAUAAAGCAGAUGGUCACCUGAAUCACAGGAGACUACUCUUUCCAUCCCACUAUGCUGCCCCUACCAGACUGGAUUAAAAAGACUUGUUUUGGGAAUGGAAUGCUCACCAGGGUUGUUAAAAAAGAAAUCCUAAGGCCCUGAAUGGGCUUCCUUGGUGGCUCAGACGGUAAAGAAUCUGCCUGCAAUGCCGGGGACCUGGGUUCAAUCCCUGGGUUGGGAAGAUCCCCUGGAGAAGGAAUG